AUGACGUAGUUUCCUUCUACGACGGAGAUAACAGUUGCUUCUUCUCUCCUCUUCCUUUCCUAUGGACCGGUGUUCUUCUCACCUACAAGGUUAAGAUCUGUGGAGAAAUCGAGCUAUGUGAGCAAGUGGUGUGAGGAAGGAAGCUCGAAUCUGAGCUUGAUUUUGAAAUCUACCGGAUCUGGAUCGUUCGGCUCGGUUCUAUCAAGCGAUGGUAACGAUCGCGGAUUCGAAAUCAAGUAUGCUGGAGAUCGAUUCAGUCUCAUGAAUCUCAAGAUAGCAAGAAAACGCUGUUCUCAGGCCACUUGCGAAUCUUUCAACUUUGUGUACUUUGUGUGUGAUCUCUCCACAUGCUCCGUUGAUUCGAAAGAAGAGUCGUCAUACUUGUCGACUGGUUCGAGUGAGGUUUCCACCACUGCAAGCAUAAGCAAACUCAGAAACCAGAAAAGUUACAAGAGGGUAAAAGUGGAAGUGAAGAAGAAAGAAAGUAGCAGGUCGAGUUCUAUACGCCGUAGAGCAAAAGAUAUCUUGGAGUUUCUUUCCUCAGCCUCUGCUUCUGAGGUUCAAAUCCGUCAGAUUCUCGGCAACACACCAGAUACAAGCAAAGCUCUCAGAAUGUUGUUGAAGAUGGAGGAAGUGCAGAGGUUUGGCACGGGAGGAAGACUUGAUCCCUAUAUUUACAAGGUAUGA